UCAACAAGCUUCUCUACCGCCCCUAUACUGCUACUGGCCUUCUCCGCUUGUGAAGCGAGCACAGGCCUUGCACUCUUGGUAGCCACAGCCCGGACCCACGGCACUGACCGUUUGCAAAACCUUAAUCUGCUACAAUGCUAAAGGUGCUAAUUCCCACAAUCAUAAUAUUCCCAACGAUCUGACUGACCUCCCCCAAAUGAUUAUGAACAGCCACAACUACUCACGGUCUUUCAAUUGCCCUUAUUAGUCUCACAUGACUUAAAUGAACAUCAGAAACCGGGUGAACUAUGUCCAACACAUAUUUAGCCACAGACCCCCUCUCUACACCCCUUCUAGUCUUGACAUGCUGACUUCUACCCUUAAUAAUUCUAGCCAGCCAAAAUCACAUCAACCUUGAGCCAGUCAGCCGGCAGCGUCUAUAUAUUACACUUUUAACCUCACUCCAAACUUUCCUAAUCAUGGCUUUCGGCGCCACAGAAAUCAUCAUGUUCUAUAUUAUAUUUGAAGCCACGCUGAUCCCGACCCUUAUUAUUAUUACCCGGUGAGGAAAUCAGACUGAACGCCUCAGCGCAGGUACCUACUUUCUGUUUUACACCCUCGCGGGGUCCCUCCCACUUUUGGUGGCCCUACUUCUACUACAACAGUCUACGGGGACUCUGUCUCUAUUAGUUAUCCAAUAUACCCAGCCAUUGUUACUAAACUCCUGGGGCCAUAAGAUCUGAUGAGCGGGUUGCUUAAUCGCCUUUUUAGUGAAAAUACCCCUGUACGGGGUGCACCUAUGACUACCAAAGGCGCACGUAGAAGCCCCCGUUGCAGGGUCUAUAGUACUAGCAGCAAUUCUGCUAAAACUGGGCGGGUACGGGAUAAUGCGAAUAAUAAUUAUAUUAAACCCACUCUCUAAAGAACUAAUUUAUCCAUUUAUUAUUCUAGCACUCUGGGGCAUCAUCAUGACCGGCUCUAUUUGCCUACGACAAACCGACCUCAAGUCACUAAUCGCCUAUUCCUCUGUUAGCCAUAUAGGGCUUGUAGCGGGGGGCAUUCUAAUUCAAACCCCCUGAGGGUUUUCAGGAGCAAUCAUUCUAAUGAUUGCCCACGGAUUAGUCUCCUCUAUACUAUUCUGUCUAGCUAAUACAGCUUAUGAACGGACCCAUAGUCGAACUAUAGUCCUUGCUCGAGGAUUACAAGUAGUCUUCCCACUGACGGCAGUAUGAUGAUUUAUUGCGAACUUGGCCAACUUAGCAUUACCCCCACUUCCUAAUCUAAUAGGAGAACUUAUAAUUAUUACAACUCUAUUUAACUGGUCCCCCUGAACCAUUGCACUCACCGGGCUGGGAACAUUAAUUACCGCGGCCUACUCCCUCUAUAUGUUCUUGAUAUCGCAACGCGGGCCAGCACCAAACCAUAUCAUAAACCUCGCACCAUUCCACACCCGAGAACAUCUAUUGAUAGCCCUUCACCUUAUCCCAGUAAUUCUCCUUGUAGCAAAGCCAGAACUCAUGUGAGGGUGAUGUUACU